AUGUUACUCCUUUUCUUUCUUACUUUAUCAGAAGAUCCUAUCGUUGCUCUCUCUAUUCUAGUUCAUCCAUUACGUGGAAGUGCAAUUGACAUUCAUCCAAGUGCUCGAUGGCAACAGAAUGGUCUUACUGUCGCUGGAGGAUAUGGACUAGGCACUGGAAUUAAUCAACUCUCAUACCCAUAUGGUCUGUUUGUUGAUGAUGAACAAACAAUCUAUGUCGCUGAAUGGUCAAAUCAUCGUAUUGUGGAAUGGAAAUGGGGUGCGACGAGUGGUCAAGUGGUUGCUGGUGGCAAUGGACAAGGAAGUGAAACUCAUCAAUUGUCUAAUCCAUAUGAUGUGAUUGUCGACAAAGAGACAGAAAGUCUCAUUAUAUGCGAUGGUUUGAAUAGAAGAGUGGUUCGAUGGCCUCAUCCAAAUGGGACAAAUGGAGAAACAAUCUUAUCUAACAUCGAUUGUGUGGGUUUGACAAUGGACGAGAAUGGAUCUCUCUAUGUUGUUGACUAUGUAAAACAUGAAGUGAGACGAUAUCGAAGAGGAGAAUCAGAAGGAAUAGUGGUUGCAGGUGGCAAUGGAGGCGGAAGUGGUCUCGAUCAACUCAAUGGCCCACAAUACGUAUUCGUUGAUCGAGAUCAAUCAGUCUAUGUAUCUGACUGGUCGAAUCAUCGUGUGAUGAAAUGGAUGGAAGGUGCAACACAGGGCAUUGUUGUGGCUGGUAGCCAAGGACAAGAAAAUGGUCCUACACCAUUGAUAAGUCCUCUAGGAGUCGUUGCCGAUCAAUUGGGUACUGUCUAUGUGACUGAUGGAUGGAAUGAUCAAGUUAUACGUUGGGCCAAAGGAGCCACACAGGGAACUGUUAUUGUUGGUGGCAAUGGCCCAGGAGGACAAUCGAACCAACUUAGUGCACCUUUCGGUUUGUCAUUCGAUCGAUACGGCAAUCUCUACGUCGUCGAUAGUGGAAACCAUCGAGUACAAAAACUUAACAUCACCUCAAAUGCUUAA